AUGCCUUCCCAAAACGCAUCCAAGGCUCUGCCCGUGGCGCCCCUCAGCCUUGAUGCUUUAACCAUGCGUGACAGCCACACAACGAACACGCACCAGUCGGCCUCCUCUGCGGCCAUGACGCGUUACCUGUCGGAACCCGACUCUAUUUCCGCCAUCAUAGCGAUGGGCGGCACCCAGGAGGCUGCCUCCCCGUUGUUGCCGAAGCUCUAA